AUGGGCUCUCACCAACUCACCUGGCUCAUCACCGGCUGCUCCUCCGGGUUUGGCCUCUCCUUAACUCGUGCCGCGCAGGCGGGUGGCCAUAAGGUCAUUGCCACCUCGCGUAACCCUUCUCGCACCCCCGAUCUGGUCGCGGAAAUCGAGGGAAAGGGGGGCAAAUGGGUCCAGCUGGAUGUUGAUAGCCCCCAGAGCGGCAGUGUGAUUACGGAGCUCGAGAAGGGUGGAGAGCAGAUCGACAUUCUGGUGAACAACGCCGGGGGUUCCAUCUAUGCGCCCAUUGAGACCAGUACCGAGGAGGAGAUUCGUGCCCAGAUGGAGACCAUGUACUUUGGCCCCCUGCGCCUCAUCCGUGCGGUGCUCCCGCAUAUGCGCCAACGCCGAUCGGGGGUCAUUGUCAACAUGAGCAGUGGCGCUUCCCUCGAUGGGAUUCCCACAAUGGGAGUCUACGGUGGUGCUAAGGCGGGUCUGGACGCUCUCACCAAGAUCCUGGCGAAGGAGGUGGCUCCCUUCAACAUCCGGACCCUGACUGUCGUGCUGGGGACUUUCAACACCAACAUGCCUAACUCGGUGGUCCUGGGCAAGACCCCUCUCCCCGAGGACUACAAGGGGACCUUUACCGAACAGGUCCAGGGGCUUCUGCUGAGUGGAAAGAUUAAGCCCAAUGGUGACAAAGACAAGGCCAUGCAGGCCCUCUAUCAAGUUGUGGUUGGCGAAGGCGUCGGCGAGGGACACCAGGCGGAGAAGCUGCUGCCUUUGGGCAGUGACAUGACUCCUCGCCUCAAGGGAAUUCAGGACUAUCUCGGCCAUGCCCUGGAGGUGUUUGGCUCUGUGACCAACAGUGUUGAUGUGGAUAAAUAG